CACAUGGUGGCGCUUCUGCGCAACAAGCUCAACAAUUAGAGGAAGCCGGAAGUGAGGCGGUGGUGUUUCCGUGCUGUUUGUUUUCCUCUCGUCGGUGUCAGAAGUUUGUCUUAUUCGGUUAAUCAUGGCAGUCAGCGCUGUCCACCUGGAGUCUGACGCCUUCCUGGUGUGCAUGAACCACGCGUUGAGCACGGAGAAAGAGGAGGUGAUGGGUCUGUGCAUCGGAGAGGUGGAGCUCUCCCGGAUCGUCCACAUUCACUCGGUGAUCAUUCUCCGCCGCUCCGACAAGAGGAAGGACCGGGUGGAGAUCUCCCCGGAGCAGCUGUCCGCUGCCUCCACUGAGGCGGAGCGGCUGGCGGACACCACCGGCAGACCCAUGAGGGUGGUGGGCUGGUACCACUCCCACCCACACAUCACAGUGUGGCCCUCCCACGUUGACGUGCGGACCCAGGCCAUGUACCAGAUGCUGGACCAGUGCUUCGUGGGGCUCAUCUUCUCCUGCUUUAUCGAGGACAAGAACACCAGGACGGGCCGGGUUCUCUAUACCUGCUUCCAGUCCGCACAGGCGCAGAAGGGGUCUGAGUACGACCGCGUGGAGAUACCGGUACACGUGGUACCGCGCGAGGCGAUCGGGAAGGCGUGUCUGGAGUCCGCCGUGGAGCUGCCGCGGAUUCUGUGCCAGGAGGAGCAGGACACCUACCGCAGGAUCCACGGGCUGUCGCACCUGGACCCGGUCACCAAGAUCCACAACGGAUCGGUGUUCACAAAGAACCUGUGCAGCCAGAUGUCCGCCGUGAGCGGGCCGCUGCUGCAGUGGCUGGAGGACCGACUUCAGCAGAACCGGCAGAGCAUCACGGAGCUCCAGCGGGAGAAGGAGCGGCUUCUGCGGGAGCUGGCUGCGCUGUGAGCCGCAGGACUGGUGUCCGAUAAUGGAUGCACUGUUGUCUGAUUGUUCAGACAGGACUCCAACCUCUUUCUGUCACCAGUCUGUCAUUACUGCAAAACAUGUUUUUAUGUAAAUAAAAAGGGUUCAGUUUAAGCGA